AGACCUAUACCAUAUACGGUUCCGGACAGGACAUCGGGAUAUUGCCACGAACAUUGAAUGUUGUCUUUGAAAGUUUCAAAGAUAAAAUCUACUCUCGGACAAACAUGAAGCCCAAGUUCUUCAGUGAUGUGAUCACUCUUACGAAUGCCCAAGAAAGCAAGGAGGAAAGCAAGAAACAAACUGUGCUUGCAAUUGCUGAACAUUCCGUAAGUUGUAUACACUAGACUAUAGAAGUGGAUAAUUUGUCUAACGUUUCUCCCUAGUCACAGAAUAGAGACUAUAUGGUAUAUAUUGUUAAAUCAUAUGGUUUUCCUUAUGAUUUUGGCGUAACCGUAAUUCAUCAUCAAAAUGCUGACGCCAUGGUCCCAGCCUGUGCGCGUAUGAGAGGCCUUCCCCCUGGACGUCUGCCAUUUUGAAUAUUAGACAGAUUUAGAUCGAGGACGCGGACGUCAAAGACGACGUGAAAAUGGCGUGUUGUGCCCAUGUAUGGAUACGCCACGCCAUUUUGACGUCAUUUUCACGCCGUCUUUGACGUCCGCGUCCUCGAUCUAAAUCUUUCUAUUAUCAGGGGGGGGUGAAUGCCUCUCAAACGCGCACUGGCUGCGACCAUGGCGUCAGCAUUUUGAUGACGAAUUACGGUUACGCUAAAAUCAUAGGAAAAUCAUAGUAAAAACCAAGAAGUCGGCCCCUGUCUUAUUCUGAAAAGGGGAUAAAUGAAUGCCUCUCAUGGCAGCGGUUGCGCUUUUUUUGGCUGAGUCUGCCUUCAGUGUGGUUUUGCAUUACUUUGGUGUAACCUUUGCAAUGCUGUCGCCAGUGCGCUUACGAGAGGCAUUCACACGCCUCUGAAAGUAUUCAAAAUUGUGGACGUUCCGUGGGGUGAAUGCCUCUCGUAAUAUGAUAAACUGAUAAAAAAUUAUGCUUUUUAGACUUCCUCAGAAGAUGUGAGCCAUGAUCAUGAUGUGAGCCACGAAGGUACCUAACAUACAGGCUGUAUAUCACCAUAUUACUGACAUUCUCAUCAUAUCUCAAUUAUUUUCCCAUCUAGAGUUCAGUAUUGAUCUCCGUUCAAAUGAGGAUAUCGAUGAACGAGAUCAGUUUGCAUUAUGGAUUUCAUUCGCGGAGAUCUAUAAUGAGCAAAUAUUUGAUCUGCUUGAACCAUUGAAUGUUAAAGAAAAGAAACGAAGAACUGUAUUAAAACUUGGUGAUGAUAAGAACGGCCAUCCUUAUAUUAAAGGUAUGUUUUGUGAAAUGAUAUAAUCGAUCUGUUGCAUCUUUUAUCCCGAUUAUAGCAGGUGAUAAUGGUGAUCCUGGCAUCAAGGAUCCCAGAAAAUGUUCACACCUGGCUCAGCUGGAAGAAGAUUUUAGGGCAUUGCAUAUGUUAACAGCCACAGAAAAUGAUUUAUUAGAAAAAAUAUCAGUGAGCUCGCCAAAACUUUGACCCCGAAACUUGGGAUCCCAGAGACGUGACAUCUUACUGAUUGUUGUUUUUUUUCAUCCUAAGGACUGAAACAUAUUCUUGUAUGUAAUCAGGAAGAAGCUUACAAGGUAACAUUCUACUUCGUCUUUCCAUGCUAAUAUCUUUUCUUCAUUCACGUGAUUGGAUUUCAAGUCUUUGCAUUUAGGAUCAUUAAGAUUGACAUUUCUAUAGCGCAAGGUCCAGGGAGCACCCAGCGAAAACCCACGACGUUUGGCAGAGCGUUAACCAAUUCUUUACGUGAGUCCAAAGCAAAAAUCGAACCCACAGACUCAGAAGUGAACGGCGCAUGCUCCGUAGACUAUGCCACCGAAACUCCAAUAUACCCUUUCGAUAAUACGUCACAACCACAUUGUUUUCAACUUAACUUAGAACCACCUUAAUUUAAAUGGAGAGGAUUUCAAGUUUUUUUCUCAUGGGCUAUGCACAGAGAAGCAGAACAUCCUUCAAAACAUGCGCGAAAAAAAUUUGCAUUUUGAUCAAUAAAUGUGGAAAUAAGCAUUAACACGAAGUCAUGACCUGGAGCCUCGUUUUCGUGUUAAUGCUUAUUUCCACAUUUAUUGGUCAAAGUAAAAAAAUAUUUUUUAUGCAUGUGUUGAAGAAGGAUGUUCUGCUUCUCUGUGCAUAGCCCAUGAGAAAAAAACUUGAAAUCCUUUCCAUUUAAGGUGGUCCUAAGUUGAAAACAGUGUAGUUGUCAGUUGUGACGUAAUUAUCGAAGGGGUGUAUUGAUUACUCCGAUGUUACUAUAUUCGAACUUUAAAUUUCAUUUUCAUUUUCAAACAGGUUUUAAAGAUUGGGCAACAGAAUCGAAGAAAUACUUCUACAAAGUUGAACAAUAAUUCCAGUAGAAGGUAGUAUUAAAACUAUAGAACCUUUACAGUUUUGACAUCUUUAUUGUAACGCGAGGCAAACUUUUCUUUUCAUUUUCAGUCAUUGCAUUUUCAACCUGAAACUCGCGAGACUGACUGUAAAUCAUCAGGGCGAAGUAAAUAUCAUUAAAGUCAGUCAGUAAGUAAUUUAUGUAAACCGUUCCAUUGAUGAUAAGAUAUUGGGGAGCGUUUACAUAUGUGAAGGACGGCAAGUAUAAAACACUCUUGUACAACCAUGAUUAUAAUCGUGAAUUUCCAGGUUAUCGUUCGUUGAUCUCGCUGGCUCGGAGAGAUGCUCCAAAACUCAGAACACUGGUGAUGGAUUGAAGGAAGCCGCAAAUACCAACACGUCUCUCAUGGUUCUUGGUAAAUGCCUGGAACAACUGAAGUACAAUCAAAGCCACAGGUAAUUAAGGGGACGUUUUGGGAGGCGUUGUGUUGUUUCCGUAACACGGUGGUUGAAGGCUACGUGUGUUGGAUUCUCAUUGCGGACUCGUGACACUUUUGUGAAAAGGGUCAGUUGACGAUCUACCGAAAGUCGUGGGUUUUCCUCAGGUACUCUGGUUUUCUCCCAGGAACGGGCCCGCUGCAGGCUGUAGCUGUGCUUUGUGACCAAGCACGAGUCAUAAGGUUCCUGUUGUAAGCUUUUGACUUUAUGAGGUUGAGCUGCAUACUUCGUAAUUCAUAUUGACUCUCAGCUGCAUACAAGUAAAGAUGCAUAUACCCCCAUGCACAUAUUUAAUAUUAUAGCAAGCUAACAAGGCUGAAAUCUUUCACAAGUCGUUUCAUUAGUGUUAGGUUUAGUGUUAGUUUUUAAGCUAUAGAUCAUAUUCGUUUUUGCAGGAGUAACCCAAAUAACGUACCGUUUCGUGAAAGCAAGUUAACUCGAUUGUUUCAAGUCUUCUUCUGUGGGCAAGGCAAAGUAUCGAUGAUUGUGAACGUCAGUCAGUGUGCUUCGGCAUUUGAUGAGACAUUCCAUGCCUUGAAGUUCUCUGCCAUCGCUAGAAAGGUAAAAUAUUUGGUUCUUCAUCAAUCUCACAAGCCAGGCGUUCUACUUCCGCUUCCCUCCCAAAAGUUGAGAGCCUAACUUGCGAGGUUGGUUCUUCAUUUUAUGGCAUUGCUUAGAUAACCACUGGCUGUUUUAGUUUCAAUGUUCUGCAUGUUUGUAGAUAGUUUGUAAAUUAAUAUUCGACGAUUUCUAUCAAUAUCUACGUUUGAACACAGCAUCAGUAUUGCAUCCCCAAACCUUUUGAAACUACCGCAAAAAUCUUCAUGUUCAGUGGCGGAAAUGGCGACCCUCCACUUUCUCGGAAAACUUACGAAUUUUCCGAAAUUUUGACCUAAAAAAGGGCUAAAAACAGUCUUUUCGAGUGCAAAUGGGGGGGGGGGGUUCGUCGGAAAUUUGAAAGUUUUGUCGGAAAUUUAGGAAGCUUUGCCCUUACACACACACACGCACCGAAAAAGUGAAUUUCCGCCACUAGCUGUUCAUGUUUUGCUUCGUUUAGGUUGCAACGGUCAGAGUUGAGUCGUCAAACAUGGAAUCAUCAAACAACAUCAAACAAGACCUACCAAAACACGACGUCCAG